AACAUGUCUGCGGGCUCAGGCGGCUGUGGACCCGGCCCCGGAGUCGGGUCCGGAGGCUCCAACCCCCGAAAGUUCAGCGAGAAGAUCGCCCUCCACACGCAGCGGCAGGCCGAGGAGACGGCCGCCUUCCAGGAGGUCAUGAUGGACAUCACGUCGACGCGGCUUCAGGCCCAGAAGCUCCGCCUAGCCCGGAAUCAAGGUCCGUACUACGGAGGAUCCCUGCCCAACGUCAACCAGAUCGGCCGAGUCCCGCAGGACCCGCAGGCCUCCUUCACGUCCAAUCUGGAGUCCAGUCGCUCCACACGUCAUCAUGGCCUGGUGGAAAGGGUCCAGAGGGACCGUCGCUUCAUGUCGCCAGUUCGGCCGUACCGUAACCGCCAACCUCAGGUGGACAGCACUUCAUAUAACUCCGCCUACUUGUCCCCGCCCCCCGACCCAAGUUGGAGAAGGAAUUGGUCCGGAAUCUUCCCGGGGGACAAAAGCCAGUUGUUCCGUCUCCCCACUACUGCACUCAACAGGACCAACUCUGACUCCGCCCUCCACACCAGCGUCAUGAACCCACUCUCGGGGGAUCCCUUCGCCACUGGAGACUCCGCCCUUACGUCCCAUGGAGGGCGGCGCAACGUCUUUCCUUAUCCCGUGCCCCCCAUCGAGGAGAACGUUCUCGAUGACAACAAGCUCCUCAAAGCCUGGGACGCUAAGAAGUUUCCUCUGCCGAGCUCAAGACCAAAGUCAUGUGAGGUUCCUAACAUCAAUGUCUUCAUGUCGCCAGAGCAACAGUCUACCCCUGCUCACAACAUCCCCUCAGUGCUCAACACGGGCGGCUCCCUGCCCGACUUAUCCAGCCUGCACUUCCCCUCGCCGCUGCCCACGCCGCUGGACCACGACGAGCCCGCCUACCCGGGCUCCCUGAGCGGGGGCAGCAGCACGGGCAACCUGGCAUCCACGCUGACACAGCUGGGCAUCAACGCCACCAACGCGGCCGGAGACCACCGCAACUUCCACCACCACCACGCACAGGUGCUGCUGGCUUCGCUACAGAGCACGCUCAGUAACCCCUCCCUGCAGUCGUCGCUGAGCAACCCAAACAUCCAGUCGUCACUCAGCAGCCACUCUUUCACCAACUCCCUAAGCUCCGCCUCCUUGCACUCGUCACUCAGCAACCCUUCGUUGCAGUCGUCCCUCGGUUCCUCCCCCUCCCUCCCCUCAUCCCUCAGCAGCCAAUCGCUGCAAUCGUCCCACAGCAGCUCUUCCCUCCAGUCGGCCUCGAGCGGUAACCCCGGCUACGGCGGCUCCGCCUCUUAUGCGCCGUGUCUCAGCACGUCGCCACGGCGACGAGCCCAUCUCUCGCCACUCAUCCUGCCCAUGGGAGGGGAGACUCGGCGCCAUCUCACCAAGCAGUUCUCCCCCACCAUCUCCCCCACGCUGUCCUCCAUCACGCAGGGCAUUGCUCUAGACACCAGCAAGCUACCUUUGGACCAGCGCUUACCUCCGUACCCGUUCAGUCAGCACCAGACCGCCUCCCAGACCCCCCAGCAGCCUCCUGGGCUGACUCAGCAUCAAACGCAACAACAGAUGCUCCGCCUGCAGCAGCCGCGGUCGAACUCGCAACCCCCGCAGAAUCUGCUCAACGCUCAGCACUUUGCAGCGGCGCAGCGUCAGGGCAGCUCGCAGGCCAACCAGCUCAUCCCAAAAAAUAAAAGUGCCUUGGACCAGUACCUCCACAGCUCCUUGACCUCCCAGUGUCAAGGGAAACAGGAGGCGGAGCUACAGAGGAGCGGGAACCUCCCCCAGCUGCAACAGAUGAGCCACAACUUGUCCUCCGAGCUCUACAACGACGCCUUGUUCAACUCCCUGCUGGACGACUCGUACCUGAGCAUGCAGUUCUGCGCCAAGUCCAACCAGCAGCUCACCAGUGACAUGCAGGGCGACAUCAUGUCUUUGACCCAUGGCGGGCUGGGUGGCGACCGCGCAGACAUGCAGGUGACGCCGGAGUCCGUGGAGCAAAUGCUCCUCAACAACCAGAACUGCGGCGGGGGCGAUGCCCGGCAAAAUGUGCCCAAUAUCAUUCUCACAGGCGACUCGCCGCCGGGUCUGUCCAAAGAGAUCGCCAGCGCUUUGUCGCACGUCCCCGGCUUUGAGAUGGACCCCUUCUCCCUGGACGACCCGCUCAGGAUAGACCCGCUGUCUCUGGACAUGCUGGAGGGCGACCUGAUGCUGGCCGACCCCGCCGUGGAGGACUCCUUCCGCUCGGACAGACUCAAGUGAGGCGACCCCUCCCCCCCCCCACCCCCAUCCCACUCCCACGCAGCAGCUCGGUGGAAUCGGCGAGUGGGCGCCGGCCCGAGAGCGGAGAAAGACGCGACGUCGGGUCACAAGUGGACGGACCACAGACUGACUGGCGGCAGGGGGGCGGGGCUUGUGUUUUUUAGGCAUCGGCUUGUGCGGGAAACAAGCGGCGCCACCUUUCUGUCGAAAGCAGCAACGCCUGCCGCAGAAGCGCUGCGCGAUCAGCCUUGAUGAUGCCCACCUUCAGGUCAGAACUGUUUCAGCAGGAAGUCAGCCAUCGACGACAGGAAGUCGCUUAUCCCUUGCCACGCCAAAACAUGCCUCCUCUUGUCGCUAUGCAAACCUCAGGAGGGAUCCAACACGCGGCCUGUGGCAUUUUUUCGCCACCAGAGGGCGCUGUUAGCAUUAUGAAUGCGUGGAUCACAUGACCCGCUGGCUUAAAACUUUGCAAGGCUUUUUAACAGGAAAAUUUGAUUGUUUCUUUUUUUUAAAAUUUGAACUAAAACUAAACCGAAGGAACAAACUAACCCCGAUGUGACCUCUGCACUUUGAUCCACGAAUAACGAGAAUGUACGGCAAAGUACUCACUGUGAUUGGCAGCAUGUAGCUCCACCCUCGGCGUGCCUCGGCAAGGCUACCUGAGGUGCGACGCACGCCGGCGUGCGCGCACACAGGAAACUCUUCUUUUUUAAAAAUCACAUUCUCCCCCGCACUUCCUGGCAACGCACAUUAGCAGCGCCUACAAACCACCUGGCACUAGUUUAUUGCUGUUUGGAAAGAACAAAAUCCCACGCUGUGUCUCAAAUGGAAUACUUGCAUCAGUAAAAGACCGAAUUGCCAUUUUUAGAUUUUAUUCUGAGGGAAGCCACGUUACUUUUAGACUGUCAACCAACAUAUUCUCGUCACAAGGUGCCACACAUUAGAACAAUAUGCAAUAAUCUACUUUCCAAAAUAUUUGGGCGUACGUUUACAACACCCAUGUUUGCUUACUUUUCAGGCCUCGUAAUGCUUUCAGUUCCUUCAGCCAUUAAAACUUUUAUGUAGAUACUGUGCAGCAGGUAUAUUCGACUAAACUGUUUUGGGAGCAACAUUUCUAGAAAUCUAAGGGCCGGGAGGCCAGAAUACUCCUUUAACUAUCAGUUUUAUUUAACAUUUUCUGUAGAUGCUCUACAGUAGACAUUCAAUUUUGUGGUAUUUAUUUUGUCAGAGUUACAGAGGCGCUAAUAAAAAGCUAGUCAAAGAUCAUCUCAAAGACAGCUAGCAAAUACCAAUGAUCCCAUCAAAAUUUUGAGAAAAUCAAAGCAUAACAGCUACCUUGUCAGGUACAAAGUUAUAUGCCCCUUGAGGUGUAUGGUGGCAAAAUUGUGUUUAAAAAAAAAGUU